AUGGCCAAUUUACUACGCGCGACGCGCAACGCGUCACGCGUCGGACCACGCUGGGCUGCAAAUUUCCUGUACUGCUCCAGCGCCUGCCAGACCAGCGACGCGCCCGUGCACAAGCUGUUGUGCGACGCCUUCUCCGCCAGCGUCGCCCCCGGCUCUGGGGGCAGCCAGCAGUCCCACAACGUCCGUGCAAUCCUCUUCCCAGCGGACGCGGACGCUGCGCCUCCAUCGCUGGUGGGCGUGCGCAUCGCCGGGUUCCGCGACCCAGAGUCGGGCAUCGCGUUUCCCGAGGCCGAGGUGCACCCGUUUUUCGAGUCGCUAGCAACAAAAAGAUCGCCUGAGGCGCUGACGACGGACCGCAACCGCGUGCGCAACCGCGACACGCGCAGCAUGCUCGAGGUGUGGCAUGUUCCAGCUGCGACGGGCGACGGCGAGAGCGGCGCGGGCGGCGGCGGCGGCGGCGGCGGCGGUGGUGGUGUUCUGAACGGGUGCAUCAUAUCGCUGGCGAAGAAUAUGGCCUCAGGAGAGGCAGGACCGUUUUACCCCUGGUCGGGACCCGUGCUGGUGCUUGCCAUGACCAGACCGACGGGGUUCAUGGUGGAUCCAGGCGCGUAUCGCGACUGCACGCUGCAUGACUGUCGCGAUGCUGUGGAUUUUGUAGUGGAUUAUGGGAAUGCGGAGCAUGAGAAGAGGAUUCAGGAGGCGCUGGCGACGCUGGGGGCAGGUUCGACGGCUGAGGAGGUGAGUAAGGGCGAUCAGGAGGGUGUUGCGGUUGAUGAGAAUCGGGGCGAGGGUGAUGUUGUUGCUGGUGACGCCGAGGACCGCAGAAAGCGGCAAGACCAGCCCGCUGAGGAAGUGAAAAAGGAAUUUGCGGUAGAGAUGGAGGGGUGAACUUGAUGCAUGAAGUGGGCAAUACACCAAGGUAGUGUUGAGAGAAUAAUCAGACUUCCAAAACUACAUAAACUCGACUGUCGAGCCAACCAAAGUGACAGUGUACCCUCAUUUCAUAAGGGUAUGGAACGG